UUCUCCCAUAGUAUAUGAUUUGUUCUGUGCGUUCGAGUUCUACGUUGGGCGUUUUGUAACGUCGCACCUUGCCCCAGGAAUGGAAUGUCUUCAGCCCCGCAACUGCCAUACAUUGACUGUUCGGCUAGGGCUCUGCGAGAUACUGAAGCUGAGCGAGUGUAUCAUUUAAAGUUUCCUACGCGAUUUGUUAUUGUAAUGAUUAACGCGUAAAUAGUUUUAUUGCGACAACUGUGUACUCGUACUACUUGGUAUUUUUUUGGUUGUUGUGAAGAAACGGGGAGGAUUCAACUUCAGCGAAUCCGGAGGUCCAUUUUGUUAUUUUUGCGAACCAAGCUGUUUUUUCCACUGAAGCUUUUAUGGUGUUAGCGGACAUAUAGCUCGUUGGCUUUGUUGCGUUUGCUAAAAUACACGGCGAAUAAAGAUUGAACAAAACAAACCACGACAAGACAUAUCAAUAUAGGUGUUAGCUAUAUGCAUAUUAUAUUUAGCUAGUACGUAAGCUAACGUGACCUAGCUAGCUACUACAGGCUGAAAGCUAGCAACAGUGAUGAAUCAUUUUGAGCGACAGCCUUUGAAGAAUUAAGCGAGGACCGUUCAAAUGGUUGAGGUUUGUAGCUAGUUCAUCAACAAAGAGAGAACGACAUUAAAUCAGGUGACUAAUAACGUUAGGCUACCUCUGUCGAAAGAUCUACACCUGGACAAACAUAUCAUAUUAGUUAGCUAACGCCAACUGCAUCACCAAUUUUGGGACAAGAGCUAACUAGCUAUCUGGUCAGCUCGUGCGAUUCUUGGCUAGAUUCAAGCUUGCAAAUACGGACAAAGAGGACCAACGUAAGCAAAUAUUUUUGUGUCAGCAUUUAGAAUCUUCCUCAUUCAUCGUAUUUGGAAAGGAAAACAAUAAACAAGGAAUUGACAUGAUGUUUCCACAAUCCAGACAUUCAGCUUCAUCGCAGCAGCUGAAAUUCACGACCUCUGACUCGUGUGACCGAAUCAAGGAUGAGUUCCAGUUCCUCCAAGCACAAUACCACAGUUUGAAACUGGAGUGUGACAAGCUGGCAAGUGAGAAGUCUGAGAUGCAGCGUCAUUAUAUCAUGUACUAUGAGAUGUCCUAUGGGCUGAACAUCGAAAUGCACAAGCAGGCUGAGAUUGUGAAGAGAUUAAAUGGGAUCUGUGCCCAGGUCCUCCCUUAUCUGUCCCAGGAGCACCAGCAGCAGGUCCUGGGGGCCAUCGAGAGGGCCAAGCAGGUCACCCCUCCAGAGAUGAACUCCAUCAUCCGGCAGCAGCUCCAGGCUCACCAGCUGUCCCAGCUCCAGGGUCUGGCCCUGCCCAUGACCCCCAUGCCCCUGGGCCUGAGCCAGUCCACCCUGCCGGCCGUCACCUCCUCCUCAGGCCUCUUCUCCCUCUCCUCCAUCCUUGCCUCGCAGGCCCAGCUGGCCAAGGAAGAGAAGGCAUCACGUGAGGGAGCCGACAACCACCGUGAGGAGGACGGGGACAAGUCCGACUAGAGCUCCCUCUCUUUCUCCCUCCACCGCAUAUCAGCAGCAUCGGAGGGCUGUGGUCCUGUAUACCUGCUAUGUAUCCAUGCCAGCCUUCCUCUUCUCCCCUACGCCCUUCUCCCUAAUCGUCCUACUUAUAUUUGCCAUGCUUGUUUUUAAAAUCUACUCUCUUUUUCUCUCACUCUCUUGUCCUAUCUGAUGCUUUUGCCGUCAUUCCAACUAUGUACAGUGUUGAAUUUUUUUUUUAUACAAUUUCUUCAGAUAUCGUUUGAUUUGAGCUUGAGUUCUUUUGUUAAUUGUGUAUUCUUGUCACUGACCACCAACGGUCCCUUUUCCUUCCAUUCUCACCACAUUUUCACUCUUUACUCUCCCUCUUUUAAAGGAGGAGUUUCCUUUUCCACAACCAAAUCUCUGUUUUUGAUGUAAAUGGCAUGUUGUAUAAGGGUCCAGACACCUUUUUUGUGAUUUCAAAUGUUUUUGAGAAAUAAAGCUUUUAGUGUAGUGAUGCCGGUCGUUAGAUGUUGUACACAUGAAAUUAUCAUUCCAAACUUUAUCCUCAACGUUAUAUUCCAUUUUGUUGCGACUCAAGCUAUAUCUCUCCGUCCAUUCUACAUGUAACUGCCAAAAGAAAAGAAAGACUUGAUUAAAUAAGGGAUACAAAGUGUUUUGAAAGCAUGAGGUGCUUCCACAGGAAGUUCCAGACACUUGUAGAUUCUAUGCCAAGGUGCGUUGAAGCUGUUCUGGUGGCCCAAUGCCCUAUGAAGACACUUUGUGUUGGUGUUUUUCUUAUUUUGGCAGUUACAUGCAGCAAGCUACACGGAAAAUGGAACAGCUGGAUAGGGGAAACUACUUGAGUCGCCAAAAGGGAAUAUAACAUUCUGGAUAAAGUUUGGGAAUGACACAAUUUCAUGUGUACAGCAUCUAAGCCCUGCAUCACUAGUAUAAGCUUUGCUGUUUCUACAAAAACAUAUUUGGGUGUUUUUGGAACUUUUGUUCGUGUUUUUUCGGGGCCCCCAUACUACACGACGAGGACAAAGAAUUGAUAUGCUCUUUGGGUUAAGUUCCUCAAACUUGAAAUCACAAGAGAGUCUAGACUGUACUAUAACAUGCCAUUUACAUCAAAAAUAGAGAUUUUGGUUGUAAAAAAAAAAGAAGAGGAAACUUCUCCUUUAAUCACACUCUCCUCCCCUCCAUUUUGCUCAUUUGUGUUCUUUCUCAUAAGUGGAUAUUUGUUUGCACGCCACUGUCGCUGAGCGUCUCCUUCCUCCCUUUUUAACCAGGGCCCAUCUGGGACCCUGAAUGUCACACAGUAUAAUUGGAAUAACAAACCAGAAGAGAUCCAACAGACAGGCUCGCGUCACACAGCUCUCUAGCCUCUGUUGUGUCAACUUGAUUCGAUCGGUUGGUGUACACGACUUUGUUGCUCCAUCGUAAAGACUCUUAGAUGAGCUACAUUGAAACGGGUCUAUGGACGUCUGAAUCCUAACUUGAAAAUCCUGCAUUGAUAGUUGGGUGCACUUCGAUUUUCAGGUUAGUAUUCGCCCCCAAGGUGAAGGAGGGUAGUUGAAAGACGUCAGUCUUCUUGGGGAAUAGUGUAACUAGGUAAUUCCAGUCCCUGAUGGCUAUAGUUGGGAAAGACUCAUUCCUGUCUUAAUGCCAUAUAAAGCUGUGCUCUUACGUAGUCAAACUCUAGUGCUGCUUUUAGUCGUUUUAAGAAAGUAGGACGUAUUGAAAAAAAAUACUUCUAGAUAAGUAGAGAGAUGUAUAAUAAAAAUUGUGUAUGGGAAACAAAAAACACCUUAGAGCUACUUUCAUGCUGUUUCCCUUCAAGUCUGUGCUAUCAGUCCUCCUAACAAAUCCACCCCCUAUGACAAAUUCCCCAAAGAACCCGGUCUAACCCACCGAGCUGCUUUAGACAUAUCCACACACAGCAGCUUCCAUGAAAGGCAUGCUAUCAGUACUAUAAUAACAGUCCGAAUGUCCAGAUCGCAGUGAUGAUAACAUUGUGGAAGGUAGAAAAGACCUUCAAUCUUUUUUUCUCCUUUCUGUAAAGUGCACUAAUAUUAUGUUUUGGUGGUGAUGCAGUAGAGGAGAGUAGUUGCCUCCAACACUAGAGGGCAGUAAGUGUUUUAGAAAGCAGCUCUGACGUCCAUUGAGUCACCUCUUUGAACAGGAGUCCUCCGGUCUAUUUUAGGAAACGGGUUGACAUCUCUGUCAACCCCUAUUGUUAGGCAGCGGCAUUGAACAUAUGCAAAAUGUCCACUCAGCCCCGACUAUCUUUUUACUCAAAGAUGAAUCUCUGUAUAAGAAAAAAUGAUACAUGAUUGAGCUUUCUCUUGUAUACAAUACAUUAACAGCACUCACAUAUGUUGAUCUAUUGUCCAUGGCCAAUGAAUAGUUAACGUACUGUUUUUUUGAGCUGUUCUUUGAUUAGAUAAAGCACAACUAGCCACUGUUUAAUGUGCAUUUACAAAAAUAUAUCUUUCCCAAACAUGUUUCUCACAACCUAUUGGAGAAACGGAGCGAGAAACGACAGCUUGAUACGAUAUUACCUGGCCCCUUGAGUGCCGAUGUAGGCUAGAAGCUGAAGCUGUACCUGGACUUGAAGAAAUAAUGAUGUGACUAUCAUGAUCUCUGAUUCCCAGGAUCAUUCAAUUCAAAGUCCCAUUAACCAGCUCUGCAAACGUUAUGACAAUACGUUCGGUAAUCACCCGAAAUAUGGCACUCCAUUUAGUAUGAUAUGUUACGUUUCGUAUGGUAUGCAUUAAUUUGUGUAUGUCCAUCAUCCAUUUUGUAUGGUAUGAUAGCUUACAAAUUGCAAAUGUUUUGUUAAGAAUUCUAUUUGUUGUUGCUAAGGUUGGCUAGGUGGCUAACGUUUGCUAGUCUAGGGGUUAAGACUUAAGGAUGGGGGGAGUGUUAUCUAGCAUGCUAAGUAGCUAAAAAAGUAUUUGCUAAAGUUGUCCGUGAGGAAAUUCGAACGCGCUAUCUUUUUGUUUGUUAGAAGUUCGCGUUAUACUCCCACCCACCCCAACCAACCAACACCCACCAACCUCCUUCCUUUCAACCUCCUUCCUUUCUUUUGGCUUAAGUUACAUUGUUUUAUAUAACCAUGCCAAAUGUAACAUAUACUAAUUUGAGUGACCUGGAUUUACGUUUACUAUGUUACGUCUAGUCUGAGACGGGCUGUUUUUGGAAGUACAUGCUGUGUGUAAAUGCAGUAAUGACAAUAGUUGCUCCGCCAAACUCCAUAUUUUGGUGAGUUCCGAACAUAUGUUCUACAACGUUUGCAGAGCUGGUUAAUGGGACUUUGAGUUGAAGAAUCCUGGGCGUCAGAGGCGAUGUCGUCAUAUUCAUCAUCUCCCAGGUACUGGUUCGGGCUAGGACUGAGGUCUAGAACCUUGGGUUGAAUGUCCAGGCAGCCCUAGAGCUAUGGGGAAUAUAGAAGAUGUGUGUGAUGGUGACUGUGGUGGUUUUACUGUAAGAUUCAUUGGGAGGUAAUUGGUGUUAUUGUCUGACCAUUGUUUUGAUCCCAGCCUGUGAUACAGCAUGUGAUGUACUGUAUGUUUUUUGUAUUUCCCUUAUAUUAAUAGACAUUCUCCGUUCUGUUUUUGGUGGGUUACACUGUGAGGGUAUAUAGAUCUGUGUAAAUUUCCUAGAUAACUCUGAGAUGAUUCCAUAGCCGUAUGUGAAUGCAUUCAUAAACCUCUGUAAUAUUAGAUUUGAACGUUGGUCAGUCAGUGGUGAACCUGGGAUUGAUGUGUGGCUCUCUAAGCUUGUGAGCACAACUUACUCCUAUGGACUUAAACAGUAGUGAUAUGCAACGAGUGUGAGUAGCUAGAUGCACACAAACGCAUGUCUCUUGGGGAACUAUAUUCCUUUCUAUUAGCGAAGAAAUGUUUAAAAAAAAAAAAUUGGUACACAUUCUCUGUGAUCAAUGCACUUGUUUGAAUAUUAUCGCUAUAAAAUAGAAUGAGAGUAAAAAGCUGUUAAAUUCUGAUACAAAUGAACUAUGUGUUUGUUUAGUAGAUGGGGACCAGUUUAUGUAUACAGUUAUACAUAUAAAGCUUUACGUGUAUAUGGCUGCAUCUUCUGUCUGUCCUGGAUGGUUCCUGUGCUAUGUCCUACAGUACUGAUGUGACACUAGAGGACCUGCAGUACUUUGACCUAUACCUGACCCAAUCGCUUGCCCUUUCCCCAAAGCGUGAAGCAUUGUAAGCAUUUUGAGCUUUGUAAAGGUCAUUUUUUAAAUACUUAUUUUGUGUAUAAUGUAAAACCUAAAGUGUGUACUUUGGCAAAAAAAAAAGAAAAAAAGUGUCAUGAAAUCAUAGCUUCAUUUAAACAAGGUGAAAUAUAAAAAGUAACACAUUUACUAUACAUAACUGAAAUGUUCUGCAGUAAGGAAGUACUUAUGGUGCCUUACAAAUAAAGUCAAUCAAAUCA